GGCUGUGAUUCACAUAGUUGUACUAGUCUAUAAUGCGGUCUUGUACUGGUCAGUUCAUUAUUGAAUAUUAUCGAUAUUAUUGUGCCUUUAAGCUUGCUAAGGCCCGCCCCCAGACCCAACUAACCAGUAAACUCAUUACUACUGACCACUGCUAGCACCUUCCCAGAGUCAACAACCUUGGAUCCUUCUCAUCAGACACCUCAGCCACUCGCCAGAUCCAGUUUUCAAUUACUAUUAUGACACGUCGAAUAUGAUUCUCAGCAAUGCGCACCGCCGAAUGCGGCGAUCUGCGUCGAGUGGGCUGAGUGACGCCAUCUGCCCCGCAUCAAGCCUCCCUCUACAUCCAUCGCCAUCAUCUAAAAUCAUCAUUAUCACCACUUACAACAAGGAAUAAGAAAAAGAACAAGGGAAAAAAAAGAAGAAUCAUGUCUGUCCCGCAAGUCCUCCUCCUUGGUGGCCACGGCAAAAUCGCCCUCUAUCUCACGCCGCUCCUGCUCGCGCGCUCCUGGAACGUGACCAGCGUGAUCCGCAACCCAGACCACGAAGCCGAGAUCCUCAAGCUCGGACAAGGCAAACCCGGGAAAGUCUCUGUGCUAGUGUCCAGCCUAGACGACAUCAAGAGCGUCGCUGACGCACAGGCGAUUCUAGAUAAAGUCAGCCCGGAGUAUGUAGUUUGGGCUGCUGGUGCCGGCGGCAAAGGUGGCGUCCAGCGCACCUACGCCGUCGACCAAGACGCCGCCAAACACUUCAUCACCAGCUCCUUCGCGACGCCGCAGGUGCGCAAAUUCCUGCUAAUCUCGCACCUGGGCAGCCGCAAGACCCGGCCAUCGUGGUUCUCCAGUGCCGACUGGGACCGCACGUUGAAGCUGUGGGACUCGAUUCUGCCCGAUUACUGCAAGGCAAAGUGGGAAGCAGACCAACUGCAGACUGCGCUGGCGGCGGUCACGAAACGCAGGGACCCGAAGAGGCGCUUUCAGAGUAUCAACCUCAGACCCGGCACGCUGACGGAUGAACCAGCCACCGGCAAGGUCAGUCUCGGCCAGAUCCCCAUUGGUGACAGGAAUGUGUCGAGGGAGAAUGUCGCGAUUGUGGCGGAUCGGUUGCUUGCGAGUGAGGACGCGGAGGGAUGGGUGGAUUUGUUGAAUGGUGAUGAGCCUAUUGAUGACGCCGUCGAGAGGGUUGCGAAGGGGAAGAUUGAUGCGAUUGGGGAUGAGGAUGUGGAUGGGAUGAUCCAGAAGUUUGGUCUCUAAUCACUAAUCCUUCAAUCACUCCAGAUCAUUCAAGUUGUAUCUCCUCUACUAGUCGUAAUUACAAUACUUCGAUGUCGAGUACGUAUCAACUGUAAGUGAGUAUAGCCGAACCAUGGAACCAGACUAUAGCCCUAAAACCGGUUUCUAAUCCUUCGACAAUCUUGGUCGCAGACUAACUCUACAAUGACUCAAUCAUGCUACUCAAUCCGUAUGUUUGUUGUUAGUAG